AUGGACCUCCUGCGGCGGGCGCUCGGCCCCGACGUGCCCGCGGGCCCCGCGCUGUUCGAUGCGGUCAACGCCGCGGCGGCCGGCGGGAAUGCGGCGCUGCAGGGCGCGGUAAACUCCGCCGCGUCGGCCGCCGUCUCGCUGGGCAAGGCGAUGGAGUCGGCCGACUCUGGGGAGUUUGGUGACCUCAAGCGCGCGGCCGCGGCGGCCGCGGCGGCGGCAGACACCCUGAAGGCGGCCGCGACGAAGAAUCGCGGCUGGAGCGCGACUUUGAAGCAGAUAUCGGCUACCAAGAAGGGCGCUGCUGCGGCCGCCGCGCUGGGCGAGACCGCGGCAGGGGUGCUCGCGGCUGCGGACGCCCAAGAGUCCGCGUUCAAGGCGGCGUCGGUCGAGGUCAAGCGCGCGCAGUCCGCCGCCGCCGACGCGGCGGCCGCGACGGCCGAG